UUUGGUUUGCUUGCAGUUGAGAGACCAUUCCAUUGAUUCGUUCGAAAGCCUUGGGAAGGAGAUCGAGAUUCGAGAGAUUCAAAACCCUAGCAAUGGUGGAACUGGGAGACGAGAUCUGAGAUCUGUUUGCUUCGAUGGCAAAGCCUACGGCGGUGGGAUGGAUCUCGCUGCAGAGUAAGCGCCUCCUGCUGCUGUUGCUCGUUGUUUUUUCCGUCUCCACCGUCGUUGCCCUCUUCGUCCGUAACAUCAAUGAAGCCUGCGAAACUCGCCGGGACGCUGCUGUUUCUUCUUCGUACGGAGGAGGCCGGGUUCAGCUCUCGCCGCCGCCCGUGGUCGCCGCCGGUGAAGGCCUGAAGAGUCCACUUGGGUUCAUGCGGUCGAAGUUCGUGGUUCUGGUGUCCCAUGAACUGUCACUCUCCGGUGGACCAUUGCUUCUGAUGGAGUUAGCAUUUCUGUUAAGAAGCGCUGGUGCUUCAGUGGUAUGGGUUACAUACCAAAAACCAUCUGAAACAAAUGAAGUUAUUUAUAGUCUGGAGCAGAAAAUGUUGGACCGGGGAGUGCAGGUACUUUCAGCCAGAGGUCGAGAAGUAAUUGAUGCAACGCUUAAAGCUGAUUUGGUGGUUUUAAACACUGCUGUUGCUGGAAAGUGGUUGGAUGCUGUUCUCAAAGAACAUGUUCAUCAAGUUCUCCCAAAGACAUUGUGGUGGAUUCAUGAAAUGCGAGGACAUUAUUUUAAAUUAGAUUAUGUCAAACACCUGCCUUCUGUUGCAGGUGCUAUGAUUGAUUCUCAUACAACUGCAGAAUACUGGAAGAAUAGGACUCAUGAUCGUUUGGGUAUCAACAUGCCACAGACCUAUGUGGUCCACCUUGGUAAUAGCAAAGAACUGAUGGAAGUUGCUGAAGAUUAUGUAGCUAGAAGGGUACUUCGGGAGCAUAUUCGUGAAGCUCUCGGAGUGCGUAAUGAAGAUCUUCUCUUUGCUAUAAUAAAUAGUGUUUCACGUGGGAAGGGACAAGAUUUGUUUCUGCAAGCAUUUUAUGAGAGUUUGCGGUUGAUCCAGGAGCAGAAGUUGCAAGUGCCUACGAUGCAUGCUGUAGUGGUCGGGAGUGACAUGAAUGCUCAAUCCAAGUUUGAAGCUGAACUACGUGCCUUUGUAUCCAAGAAAGGAAUUCAAGACCGUGUUCACUUUGUUAACAAAACACUAACUGUUGCUCCCUACCUGGCUGCUAUAGAUGUUCUUGUUCAAAACUCCCAGGCCCGUGGGGAAUGUUUUGGAAGAAUAACAAUUGAAGCCAUGGCUUUUCAGUUGCCCGUAUUGGGAACAGCUGCUGGGGGCACAACAGAGAUUGUUGUCAAUGGAUCGACUGGCUUCUUGCAUCCUGCUGGGAAGGAGGGGGUCUUCCAACUUGCAAAGAACAUGGUAAAGCUUGCUACCCAUGUCGAAAGGAGGCUGACAUUGGGAAGGAAAGGCUAUGAGCGGGUGAAGGACAGGUUCAUGGAGCGACACAUGGCGAGCAGGAUUGCAUCAGUUCUAAAACAAAUUCUGCAGAAAUCAAAGCGUCCAUCAUUGUGAAGAUUUUGUAAUAGAGAAAAAAGGGUUAUGAGAUCAAUCUCAACAAAUCUCCCCAUACUUCCAUGUAUCAUAUUUUUGUUUGAGUUGCAAUUUAUGUUCCUUGUAAAGGCCUGAGAGUUUUGUACAUAUGAGAUUGAUCUUUUAAUCCUAGUGAUUGUGUUACAUUGCACUUGCUGCGCAAUUAAAUGUCAGCAGGAUCAAUUAUGGCAGAA